AUGCCUCUCGUCGAGGGCCUCCUGGUGGCCCUGCUGCUGGUGGCCGCCAGCCUGGACCGGCGCACUUGCCUCGGCGUCCUGGCCGAGGGUCAGAGGCACCUGCAGAUGCAGAUGCAGAUGCAGAUGCAGAUGCAGGUCCCACCCCGACACCAGACCAUCGGCAGUCCCAGGCCCUUUGGGGCCGAGAAGCCCAGCAGGUUCGAGGAGUUCAACAGGACCGGGGUCCUCCACCCUGAGUACCAGACCCCGGCCACUCUGCACCCAGGAAAUGUGUCUCAGUUUUACUACUUGAGUCCCCGAGAAGGCCCACCUUUGACGCUUUUGGUGAGUCCCUGUAGUGGGCCCAUUUCCUGGACGGUCAGCUACGUCGGCCCCCCAGAGGAUGGUCAACAAUCCGAGGGGGCUAAAUCACAGACAAGAUGGCCGGUGAAGACGCUGGUGCCAGGCUCUCCUCUUUUUACGUACGAAGGGGUCGAAGCGCAGAACUUCACGAUCCCCAGGGCACGAGCUGGCUUGUACCGCUUCGAGAUGAAGUCGAUACCCGAGGGGGAUGGAAAUUCCAAAUCUGAACGAUCAGACACCGUGCUAUUGUACGCCACAACGAGUUCGUUAGACCUAUCAGGACCCUACGAGGACGCGAAGGGGAGACGCCAUCACUCUCUGCGGUUCCAGCAGCGUCGAAGUCGUCGCCGUCUGACCGUAUCCUGGAGCAAGAGCCACGUGGAUCCUCAUCUGUCGGAUUACUGUUUGGCGGUAACAUCGGGCUCGCAAUGGCACCCCCCAACACUUUGCGCCGCACAGAACACCCUAAGAGUUCAUCCAAGACCCACAAGGGGUGGCUCUUCGAGGGAGCAUCAGCAUAGAGGCGUCCCCGAAGGUCUGCACUGCGUUCGACAAACUAGACUAACUCUUCACGGCAUGAAGUACAACACCACCUACAACUUCACCCUCUACGUGGUCAGCAUGCGGAAUAACGUCUCGAGUCGCGCGGCUUCGGAGGCUCACAAAUUCCGCAAGACUCCCGCACAAACCCUCCGCAUUGGUCGUUAUGCCAUCGCAAAUUUGAGGAGAAACGACGGCUACAUCAAUUUCCGGUACCGGCCGAAAGACAACACUUCCACGAUUUUUCAUGUCCUACCCUGUGGGGGCGGAAUCGUGCGCGCUAAACUGAGGGGCCCUGGAUUCUUGAAGGAAAAAGAGGUCGUCGGGCACGCGUCCCUGACAGCACCCGCGGUAUCACCUGGGAAGAGGUACAUGCUACGAAUAUCGGCGACUCCUCAAGAAUUGGUCAGAGUGUCCGUUGUCAAGGUACUGGCGGCCCAGGAAGGGUCCAUCGUCUAUCCCGAGGUCCCGUCGAAAAGUCCACCCAGAGAGUACAGGUCGCUGAGGAAGUGCCACGAGGUGACCGUUGGGGUCGAGCCUGCGGGAGCGGCCAAGUACUGCGUCCUCGUCCGGGAACUUCGGGGUUCCAUGUUAUCAAAUGGGAUAACAACGGUCCCGGACCAGUGCGGAUUGCAUCGCCGUCGAAGAUCGGAGUACACCUACGAAUUGUGCGAGGAGAAGACUAGCCCACCAACGGACAGAGCGCUGCCAUUUACUGUCAGGAAGCUGCAACCUGGCAGGGCCUAUGUCAUCCAGAUCACCGCACAGGUGCAAGGCCAAUUCCUGUCAUAUCCGCUCCUAGGUGUCAGGACGAGGAAGUCCUGUCAACCUUGACAUCGCCAGGUUUAUCCCGCGAUUCGU